UGGUGGGCUGCUCUGAUUUUAAAAGCAGGCUGGCUUUAUCAGGGCAUGGGCACAAGUGAUCUAACACUGCAAAUAAAAUGCUGCUUCUAGCUUCAGCUUUUUUUCUAACACUACUGCAGUGCUCUAAUGCCCAAAAUGAAGCAAGCACUACACCUGCAGACUGUAACACCAUUGAAAGAGAUGCAGGAGUGGCCCUGGAUUUGGUCAACAGACAUCGCAGAGAUGGUUAUGUUUUUGGUUUAUUCCGUGUUGCUGAUGCACAUGAACUACAUUUAGGAAAUUCAACGGUCCUCUACUUAACUUUGGAUGUGCUGGAAACUGAAUGCUCUGUCUUAUCCAGAAGACACUGGGAGUCCUGUGAAUACAGUGACACUUAUCCAAUGGACUUUGGACAAUGUAAGAUUAUCACAUAUACAAACCAUCUGCUGAAGAAACCUCAACUAUAUGGAUUUAAUUGUACAUUAAGUCCAGUUCCAUCUGAUGUAGUAGAAUGCAAAGAUUGUCCUGUGAAACUUGAAGCUUUAGAAGUCACAGAGCAACAUAAAGAUAUUGCUGAAAAGGCCCUGAAGAAAUUCAACAGUGAAGGUAACCACACAAGCAACUUUGCUGUGGAUAAAGUUGAAAGAGUUAUAAAGAUGACUGCCUCCCGUGAAGGUCACAUUUUAGGAUUCUCUGUAAAAGAGACCAACUGUUCCAAAUCUAUGCAGGAAACAGAUCAGGCACUGGAAUGUGAUUUUCUGCAUGACUGGCAUGCUCACACCGGAUUCUGCAAGGCAAGGAUCAUCAGUGAUGCAGAUGAAGCUGAUGGAAUAGAUAUAAACUGUGAAAUCUACCAUCCCUGGCACCAUGGCUGUGGGCGAAGGGGGAAAUAUCCACACAGACAUCCCCAUUAUCAUCAUCAUUUUGGUCACAGACAUCGCCAUAAGCAUCACCACAGACAUGAAUGUCCUCCCUCUUCUCAGUCCAGACCUGAAGACCCUGAGCAUAAUCCCAAAUCCAACAAGGAAGAUCAAGAUGGCAACGAAGAACAUUCUUCUCCCCCUCCUCCCCAUGAUGAACCAGACCACCACCAUCCUACUCCACCUCCUCAGGGAACAGAUCACGACCACCCUCCUCACCACCAUGGACCACCCUGUCCUCCUCCCCACCACCAAGGACCAGAUCACGACCACCCUCCUCACCACCAUGGACCACCUUGUCCUCCUCCCCACCAUCACGACCACCCUUCUCACCACCAUGGUCCCCAUCCUCAUGGCCCAGGUCACCACCAUCCUCCUCACCAUCAUGGACCACGCUGUCCCCCUCCUCCAGGACAUCCUCCUCAUCACUGUCAUCACUAUCACAGACAUCAUCACAACAAGACAAGCAUACCAGGAAAGUAUUUUCCAUGCCAUGUAACAGGAGCUGUCUAUCGCAUCCCAGUUCUAAGCCAGCAGGAUUCUCUCACACCUCCCACUGCAAACUUUCCUGAACUAUCCCAAUGCAACCUUCACUUUUGCAGCAUUGGCUCAGAACUAAAGGAAACGGCAGAAGUUCCAGGCUUUCCAGAUCAUCCUACACAAUCAGAAUCAUGCCCUGGAAAACCUAAAUUUGACCUUCCAAAAAUUUUGCCUUUAUUUCCUCAUAGUCAAUGAAAACAACACAUGGAGAAGUGUGAAAAGCAUUCAGUUUCUAGGAAGGAGAAUCACUGAAAAUAAUCAUUAAGUAUUUCAACUUGCUUCUUCAUCCUGGCUUUCUCAAGCUCCACUGUAACUGAAAGGCUCAAAAUUCUGAGUCCUUCAGAUAAUGGGAAUGGGUAAAAACCUCCCCAGAAAACAAUGCUCCUUCAGUUCUAACAAAAAGGAAAAUUCUAUAAUAGUGCAAAUUAAGAUCUAAAAUCUUUCAUUUUUUCAUCAUUCAUAAUUAUAAUGUACUUCUCCAAAGAAUCUGACCUAGAUGAAAUUUGACUGCUUCCCAUAAAAAGUAAUACAUGACACUGCAUUCAUGCUUUAUACAGAUUUAAAGAAAAUAAA